AUGAAGUCCUUCACCUCUGUCCUGAGCGCUGCUCUCCUGGCCACCGGCGUCGUCGCCCAGCAGGCCGUCGUCAAGAACAACUGCCAGGAGGUGAUCUACGUUCAGUCUUUCCCCUACGACGGCAGCGCUGCCGGCCCGUUGACUACGCUGUCGCCGGGACAGACCUUCGCCGAGGACUUCCGCCCGUCUGGCUCGACUGUCAAGAUCGCCAAGACCAAGACCCUUGAUGGCCCACUCUUCUUCGGCUACUCGUUCAGCUCGAACCCGGACUAUGCCUACUAUGAGUUCAGCACGCAAUGGGGCAACCCCUUCGCUGACAAGCACAACAUCCUGACUCCCGGCCCUGGCUGCCAGGUCUUUGACUGCGGCCCCAACGACGCCGGCUGCUACAGCACGCCUGGCAUGAGCAAGGUCUACGGAUGCCCCCAGCCCGUCAACCUGGAGGCCGACAUCUGCGCCUAG